AUGAGCGCACCCGACAGCAGCCGCACGUCCGACGAAAAGACCGGCGACGGCGUCUACGUGACCAAGAACCGGUCCGUCUUCUCCUUGUGGCUCCACGGCAAGUCCGUGCCCAGUCGCGCGCACCCGGCGGUCGUAUUUCGCUCGGCCGACGUCAUCCAAGAGGGCUACUUACUGAAACAGGGCCUGCGGCUCAAGCUCUGGACGCGGCGGUACUUUAUUUUGCGCCUCGAAGAGCGCCACAUGACGUUGGGCUACUACACGAGCAAAGACUCGCUCACGCUUUGCACGGAGACGCCCAUUGGCCCGGGCCACGUGCUGGGACAGGUGAACACGAACAAGUACCCGCGUCGCCUUGAGCUGCGCUGCGGGACAAAGGUGAUGGUGCUUGAGGCCGAAGACCAGCGCGCGUACGACGCGUGGCGCAACGCGCUGCAAGAGGCCAUCCGCUGGAACCACGCGAUGGUCCCGACAAAAGACGGCAGCUUUGUCACCUAUGGAAAACAAGCGAGUGAAGACUUGAAGCAAGAGGAGCGCAGUCGCGCCGAAGCUGCCAAGAAACUGCGGGAGAAACAGCGGCUCGACGAAGCAGCGGCCGCGGCCAACGCUGCGAGCAAACCCAAGUAUCUGCCGGCCACGCGGCCAGGGACGCAGUGUUUCAUGACGUCCAAUACGAAGUUUGAGAUCCCUGUGAGCUUUGAGUACGUCAAGACCAUUGGCUCGGGCGCCUAUGGCGUCGUCAUUUCCGCAACGGACUCAAAGACGGGGAAGACCGUAGCGGUCAAGAACAUCCAGCGCGCGUUUGACGACUUGACCGAUGCCAAACGCAUUGUGCGGGAGAUUAAGCUCAUGCGGCACUUGAACCACAAGUGCGUGCUCGGCGUGGAAGACAUUUUUGAGCCGGUGGCACUCGCCAAGUUUGAAGACGUGUACAUUGUGUCGCAGUUGAUGGCUACAGAUCUGCACCGCGUGAUUUACUCGCGACAUGCACUGUCGGACGAGCACAUUGCGUUCUUUAUGUACCAGAUGCUGUGUGCAAUGAAGUACGUGCACUCGGCGAAUGUGAUUCACCGCGACUUGAAGCCGUCGAACGUGCUCGUGAAUGCCAAUUGUGAACUUAAGAUUUGUGAUUUUGGACUAGCAAGAGGUGUGUUUCCGGAAGAAGAGCUCGAGUUGACGGAAUACGUUGUCACGCGCUGGUACCGUGCGCCCGAGAUCAUGUUGGGAUGUAUGAAGUACAAAUGCGAAGUGGACGUCUGGUCCAUGGGCUGCAUCUUUGCUGAGAUGAUGUCGCGCAAGCCACUGUUUCCAGGACAGGACUACAUUGACCAGCUGCAUCUGAUCAUGAACGCACUGGGCGCACCGAACGACCAAGAUUUAUACUUCCUCUCGAAUGCACGUGCUCGCAAGUUCAUGAAUGCAGAAUAUCAGAAGCGUGGACCGAACCCGACCAAGUCUCUCGCACAAAUGUUUGCAGAUGCACCGCCCGAUGCACUAGAUCUACUGCAGAAGAUGCUGGUGAUUGACCCGAACAAACGCAUCACAGUGAACGACGCGCUCGCCCACCCGUACUUGGCUUCCAUUCGCAAUAUCGAAGACGAGACGACGGCCACUUCGAGCUUUGACUUUGAUUUCGAGAAUGAAACGCUGACGAAGCCAGUGCUGCAGAAGCUCAUUUGGGAUGACAUGAGGCAUUUUCACCCGGAAGUGGGGGCAGACGCAAGUGCUGACAGUAAUGGAGGAGAUAGCAGUAGUUUGGCUGCGACUGAGACGUCUGUCACGCCCGUGACGCCUCCUACUGAUGACCCCGCUGAACGGGACAAUACGGAGUCUGUUGAGACUUCAGCUCGCGCGAUAGACACUAUUGUCCAGGCGCCAAUGCCUGCCACGGGAGAGGUAAAGCAAGGAGACGACGAUGCCGUUGCACGGAGCGUCGACGAAAAGCGGAGGUCUGCUGUUGGUCCAAUAAUCGUUAGGACAAGCAUUGACGGUGGCAAGCCCAUCGAUGCUCAGACGCAGCAAGAGGCUGGCGAGCCGGCAAGAGAAGUCGCAUGA